CGAUUGUCGACCUCGAUGCUGACAUGGUCCAUUAUACUCCCAUUGCGGCGAUUUCCCUGUUGCAGGCAUAUUCAUUCGAGCACAUGUCAACCGCCCGGAAAAUAACUUGAGUUGGAGGUCAGAGCACUUUUGCUCACUCACGUGAUGCUUCACCUCAGCAUCCAUCUCGCCCUUGCUUGAGUCUUUGUGUCUGUCUCCACAUGCUGCGACUUUGCGAGGGAUCACUAAUAAGAAUACUAAUGAACAUUUACUCUAACCAUUCCUAGUUUAGACUACUGACUUUCUCUUCUCUAAGCAUCAGCAACACAGCAACUGCUUGUGCUCGUGUUCUCGUCUCCGCUAGGCCAAAUUCAGCAGGCCGAGGUGUUUGGCUUCCCUUCUGUUGACGGACCGCGGCGUCUCCUCCACGACGGAUAUAUACCGCGAAUAAUCAGGUCUUGCUCCCGCUUCGCCUGAUAUCUUCGAUACUUUUUUCUCUCAUCCUCAUUAUACCCUUCUGGUCGUACUGUUUAUUCUCCUCGAUCCGGCAUAGGUCCAAGGAACUCUCUUUCUCUCCAGCCUCUUGCAGACACUGUGACAAUGGCCUCUCCACAACAGAUCAAGACCGUCACAACCGACCUUCUGGGCAUUAAGCACCCAAUCCUGCUAGCCGGCAUGAACGUUGCUGCUGGCCCGAAGCUCGCUGCCGCCGUCACCAACGCUGGAGGUCUCGGCGUCAUUGGCGGUGUCGGCUACACGCCAGAUAUGCUCAGGGAGCAGAUCGCCGAGCUGAAGGCUGAUCUGAAGGACAAAAACGCUCCUUUUGGCGUCGACCUGCUCCUGCCGCAGGUGGGCGGCAACGCACGCAAGACUAACUACGACUACACUAAGGGUAAGCUUGGUGAACUCAUCGACAUCAUCAUCGAGUCUGGCGCCAAGCUGUUCGUUUCUGCCGUUGGCGUGCCACCGAAGCAAGUUGUUGACAAACUGCACAAGCACGGGGUCUUGUAUAUGAACAUGAUCGGACAUCCUAAGCACGUUAAGAAGUGUCUGGAACUUGGUGUCGAUAUCAUCUGCGCCCAGGGUGGAGAGGGCGGUGGACACACUGGUGACGUUCCAACCACAGUUCUGAUCCCCACAGUUGCUGCGUUGUGUCGUGGUAAGAAGUCGGCGUUCACAGGCCAGGAUGUGCAAGUCAUCGCUGCCGGCGGUCUUUUCAACGGCCAGUCGCUCGCCGCUGCGCUGAACCUUGGAGCCACCGGUGUCUGGAUUGGUACUCGCUUCGUCCUCUCGAAAGAGGCGGGAGCUCCACGUGCGCACAAGGAAGCUGUGCGCACUGCAGGCUUCGACGACAACAUUCGCACCAUCAUCUUUACUGGCCGACCUCUCCGCGUGCGCACAAACCCUUAUAUCCAAAACUGGGAGGAAAAUCGCCAGCAAGAGAUCAAGGAGUUGACGAGCAGAGGCAAGAUUCCUGUCGAGCAUGACAUGGAGACCAUGGGAGACGACAUUGACGAUGACACGCUGGACAAUGCCAGGCCAUUCCUCAUGGGCAAGGCUGCAGCGGUCGUCAAUGAGGAACUGUCAGCCAAGGAGAUCAUCGAUGAUAUGGUGAACAGUGCAGUACAGUGGCUCGCUAAGACGAACAAUUAUGUUGUGACCAAGAGCAGCUUGUAAAUUGUGCAACAGGCGGCCGAAUACAUAAUUGAUGUUUUGGAAAGUAUUCGUCAUGACUUCAAGAUAUGAACGCUUCGCGGAAAAUCUUGUGUAGAAAUACGAAAAAAGGCUCAAACGGCUUGCUUCUCUUGUAGCUCGUGGGCAUAUCGACUGUCUUGUUCUGUCCAUAUAGCAUGCACCGAGAGUUUCCAUCAGGCCAUGCAAUGAAAGAAUAAGUCUUGACGUUCAAUGAUUGGUGAUAGUGGUGAGCAAAGUGUGCUUAAGGUAGUCGUUGAUUGCAUCAAGGAUUUCAAAAUACCGAAUAUGAAUCGCUAAAUAGAUUAUUUAACCAAAAUACCUCAGCUCGUGAUACCG